UGUGUCUCUUCUACCCAUUUCUACACCGCUUCUCCGCGGCCGAUUAUUAUACCGGAUCACACUCGCGUUAGUCGCCAGUCGAGUCCAGUCGAGUCUCAGCUCAGGCAAUCUCGAGCCUCGGAUCGGACUGGAUCGCGUCACGCUAGAGAAGUGUUGUUCUCCUAUAUUCUUCUUCGAAUCCUCAUCCAGAAGAAGAUCAUCUUCGAUCACAAGUAAUCCUUCUAUUUUAGAGAACUCGCCUACAUUCGAAAUCCAAAGAAAAUUUAGUGAUGAGGAAUCCUCAACGACUGGUCAAGAUGGGCUUCAACUUGUCUUCUUCGAUUUUCAUCGUCCUCCUGUUUAAGUUUCUUACACACGCCUUGCCACUGCAAGAGGAACUUUAUGAAGGCAGUCAUUGCAAGCUGGAGAAUGGCAAGACGGGCGUGUGCAAGAAGAUACACGAUUGCCCAUCCAAGUUACAGGAGGUGAUGGAGGGUAAAAGGAGCUCGGAUUCGAUGGAACGCUGUGGCUUCCAAGACUUCACAGAGAUUGUCUGCUGCCAGUAUAACAUCACAGACAAGAUAGGGCUUCGGCCGGCGGAGAUAGCGUGUCGGGAGUACGAGAACGAGAUCGGGACCGGUAGCAAUAAGGGGCCGGUGGCGAGGAGGGACAACGAGGUGCACUUCCACAUAUUCAGUGGCAUGCAAGCCGAGCGCGGGGAAUUUCCGUACAUGGUCGCUCUGGGAUACCAGGAUGAUGAAGACGAGAAUUCGGACAUCAAAUACAACUGCGGCGGCACGUUGAUCUCGUCGCAAUAUGUACUUACUGCCGCUCACUGCGUGAACAACGUGCAGGAGAAAGUACCGAUAGAGGUAAGGGUCGGUAGCGAGGAUCUAAAAAACGACGAAGCGCAACGGAUUCCCAUACUCGACGUGAUAACGCAUCCGCGUUACAAGCGCAGCAUGAAUUACAACGACGUGGCGAUCCUGAAAUUAAGAAUGCCCGUACGCAUGACAAGUGACGUGAGGCCGAUCUGUAUCCAAACGAAAUCCCUCGACAAUAUGGACGUGUCGCCAAACACAUCGUUCAUCGUGAUCGGUUGGGGCGCUACUAGUUUCGCCGAGGAUGGCAGCAGCAAGUUGAUGAAGACGCCAAGUCUCAGCCUUGUAGAUAGACAGUCGUGCUCCAAGUCGUUCACCGGCUUCAACAAAUUGCCUCGCGGUUUGGAUGACAAUAUGCUAUGCGUAGCGGACACCAAUGUUACGAGAAGGUCGGACGCCUGUCAAGGGGACAGCGGCGGGCCCCUGCUGAUGCUCGCUGGACCCAAUCAGAGCAUUGUGGGAAUCACGGCGUUCGGGCAAACUUGCGGUGGAACCGUACCAGGAGUUUACACGGCGGUUUAUUCCUAUUUGGAGUGGAUCGAAAGACAAGUCUGGCCGGAAAUGAACGACGAACGGUAGAUAAGUCCACGACUCGAGUUUCGAUGAGUUUCACUCUCAGUUUGUGUGACUUUCAGGUCGACGGCGCGAUUCAGAGACCUCAAUAUCUUUCUUUAGUGCCGUUACGAGAAUCUAGUCUGAAGCUUUUAUUGCGCGAAAGAAGUGUAUAAUGCAACAUUCUCACGUAUUACAUUCUUCAAUUUUCAUCUCUUGCCUUUAUACCUUUAAUUGUAACUUGAAUGAAUUUUAUACUUUUAUAUUUGCGUAUUUCAUUCGAGAGUAAUAUGUCUUUCUUUAUGUGUGUAUUGUGCCUUAAUAAGAUAUUACGAAUAUAUUCCGCUAA